AUGAGACAGAUGGGGUUUUAUAUCAGCUCCCUGUCCCGAAGCCCUUGCACCAAGACCCAAGUGCGGCACUACCAGGUGGCACCAAGUUACAACUAUAAAUGGACAGAUAUCCAUUAUGAGGCCAGUAGAGGCAAUGUGGAGAAGCUGCGUGCAUUGCUCACCACAUCGGACAAAGAGCUUGUGGAUCGGAAAGAUUACUACGGAAAGACACCUCUGUACUGGGCAGCGUAUAAAGGUCAGAGGGCAUCCAUGGAGCUGCUCUUGCAGCAUGGGGCCAAUGUGAAUAGCUGCUGUAAACAUGGUGGGACCCCCCUACAUGCAGCUAUUGGAUUGUUCCCGGAUUGUGCUCUCUUACUUAUACAGCACGGUGCUGAUGUCAACCUGCAGGAUAACUGGGGGGUGACCCCAAUGUAUCUGGCUGCGUGUAGCGGACAGUUAGAGUGCAUCCGGCUCCUCGUUCAAGCAGGUGCUGACAUAACAUACAAGAAUAAGAAAACUGGUCUGCCGCCCAAGCGCCUUGCCUCCCAAGUAGGCUUCAUUGCCUGGAUUGAGUCCUGCUCCCAUCAGCCACGCUCUCUUAAACAUCUGAGCCGCCUGCAGAUUCGCUCCAGCUUGGGGCCCCAGAGGCUUAAAGCCGUGAGGACUUUCAACUUGCCACAAUCACUGAAGUGCUACCUUAUGUUUGAGGACCUUGUGCUACAGGAAACACUCUAA